CGUGGAUGACAUGAUAACGGGUCACGACGACAAAUUUCAGUUAUUACAAAUUUGCGAACAUAUAACGGAAGUACUUCACUCGGGAUGUUUUCCAUUACGUAAAUGGUUAUUUAAUUUUGAUUGUAAUAAUGCGGAAUUUUUAGAUUCAAAGACUUCACACUUAACUUCAAAACCAUUUCAUUUAGAAGAAAACGUCAACGCAAAGACGUUAGGUCUCGGAUGGUGCAAUAUUCGCGAUACAUUUUAUUUCGAUACACAAUUUAAUAACACGUCACAAAAAAUAACAAAACGUUACAUCAUGUCUAUUAUAUCUCAAAUUUUUGAUCCAUUAGGAUUAUUAAGCUGCGUGACCAUAACCGUCAAGGUGUUACUGCAGCGCCUGUGGUUGCUGCAAAUCGACUGGGACGACGAGGUGCCCAGCGACAUCAGGCACACAUGGCAGGCUUUCGUAAGCGCGCUGCCUACACUGCGGACGUUACGUAUACCACGGCAUGCUAUUGGUGACAACCCUAUUUAUGUGGAAUUACAUGUGUUUUCAGAUGCGUCAGAGUCGGCGUACGGCGCUUGCGUGUUCGUGCGGACGGUCAACGCCGACUCCACGGUCGCUUGUAACUUGCUGUGCUCCAAAAGCAAGGUGGCGCCUCUCAAAUCCGUGAGCAUUCCGAGACUAGAGUUAUGCGGUGCCUUACUAGGGGCUAGACUGUGCGAAAAGAGCUGUUCAUCUAGAACUAGUCGGCGACCUCUCCACAGAUGCGUAUCUCCUAGCACUGAAAAGAUUUAUCGCACGUCGCGGCAAACCUGCCGAGAUCCUUUCAGACAACGGUAGGAAUUUCGUAGGACUAAUGACCGAAUUCAGUAAAUUUAUAAAUAAUUGUUCUUCGCACAUAAUAGAUUACGCAACU